CGGACUCGGUUCGGCUUCCGGCUCCCAGCCGCAGCCACUGUUUGGCAGCGCAUAAAUCAUCCGCGUGGCUAAUGACUAGCUCUUGGUGAUGGUUCCUACGCGAUCUUGGAUCUCAUUCUCCUGCCAUGGACAAGACACAGCACAUCGUCAUUGUUGGAGCCGGCGUCUUUGGCCUGUCCACGGCCCUGGAUCUGGCCCAAGAUGGCUUCUCAUCGGUGACCGUGAUGGACCGGUCGAUGCCUCCAGUCCCCGAUGGAUCCAGCAAUGACAUAUCGCGCGUCAUUCGAUUCGACUAUGGGGAUGCGGUAUAUGCGCAAAUGGCCAAAGACGCAUACGAGCUGUGGAACACCAGUCCCGACUAUACCGCCUCCUUCCAUCGUACCCCCUGUGUCUGGACCGCUCAACAGUCAGGACCGGCAAAUCUCGUCCAGGCCGGGGGAUCGGACUUCAUCCGCAAGUCCAAGGAGAUUCUGACCGACAUGGGCCAUGAAUGGCAUGGGCUUGACGACGUGGCUGCCUUGAAGGCCCGAUUCCCCGCCAUUACGGGGACCCCGAUCGGCCAGGGGUUUGAAGGAUUCUACAACAGCUCGGCCGGAUGGGCCGACGCAGGUCUCGCCAUCGCCGGUCUGCGCGACCGCUGCAUUGACGCUGGAGUAUCCUUCGUCACGGGUCGACAUGGACACGUGACGGGGUUGGAGAAGGGGUCGGACGGGACGAUCCAGGCCGUUCGGACGAUCGAUGGCGGCAGCAUCACGGCGGACCAGUUCAUCUUUGCGACUGGGGCGUGGACGGCCAGUCUCAUUGCCUCCUGGAAUACGAUGGUGGCCACCGCCCAGAUCGUCGGGUUUGUGCGGUUGACGCCCGAUGAGGUAACCCGCCUGAAGGACCUGCCCAUCAUCUUCAAUCUCUCCACUGGGUUCUUCAGCUUUCCUCCCCACGAACAGACGGGAUACUUGAAGGUGGCAUGUCACAGUUUCGGAUACACCUUGUCCUCCACUGCAGCGGACCAGAACAUAUCCUCGCCACCUAGUGAGGCUAUUUCCGCACGGGCGAACUUCAUCCCGGAAGAAGGAAGACAACGGCUCCUGGCCGGGCUCGGGGAGAUCCUGCCCGAACUGGUGGCCCGGGGGUUCGAGAAGACCUGCCUCUGCUGGUAUAACGAGACGCCGACGGGGGACUUCAUUUUCGAUCGGCACCCCGAACAUCCGAACCUGUUCAUCGCAACCGGUGGCACCGGGCAUGCAUAUAAGUUUCUGCCGGUAAUUGGCAAAUAUAUCUCACAUGCCUUCCAGGGCCGGCUGCCCGCCGACCUCGCGGCUCGGUGGAAGUUCCAUACCGACUAUCGGGCGCGUCCGCAGGAUGACUUGUUCACGGGGGCACGUAGCCGCGGGGGCGGCGAUGGCAGCCGAGGAGGUCCCGGCCGACGGGAAUUCACGGGCCAGGAGCGGGAUCGCCUGCUAUCUUUGACGGGGGCGCUGGCACGGAGACCGGCGAAGAUGUAG